UUAAGAUUGAUUUGAUUGUCUUGUCAUUGUCAGUUUGUCAGUGCCUAUUAGUGUCAUUAAGUACAGAAAAGCUGGCGAAUCUGGCCGAAAUCAGAAUUUUUAAAAAUUAAGUAAUUUAUCAGUCAAGAUGUCGUCAGGGGCGCCCAGCCGGCCUAUGAAGUUUCCCUAUACGAUCUCAGCAAAGAUCGCGCAGUUCCCGCUGAAGUACUACGUUCAGAACCAGUGGCUGUGGCGCUACUGGAUGAUUGGGAUUGCCAUCUCUGUCCCUGUCUUCUAUAAGAUUCACAAACUGGCAAACUCUCCCGAGAAUGUCAGCAAGUGGGCUGAGAUCAGGAGGAAGGAAGCAGCCGAGCAUCACUAAGUGUAUAAGUUAUAGUUCUUGUUUCAAGAUUGUGUAUCAUUUUCAUGUUGUAAGCGAAACAAUAAAAUUAUGUGAUUAGUGUA